UUCCCACCGCCUACACAUUGUGAUCUUUAAUUCAGUGAUUUAUAGUCUGUAAAUAGCUAUUCAUGCCUCUUCAAGUUUCAUUUGGAGAUGGUUUAAGCUGUAAUUGUUUAAAUUUAAGGAUCCUGGGAAUUCCAAAUGAUGCGAAACAUAAAUGGGUUUCUGUUCCCGGCGACCUUAUACGAAUUAAACUAUUUAGCCUUUCACAAAUACAUCAAGUACAAGGGAAAUCGAUUAUUGCUUGCAAAGGAUGUCAUAUUUCUCUUUUUGUCGUGAAUGGGUUGGUACACGAUUUGAAGUGUUAUCUCGAAGAAAAUGAGCGAAACAAUGUUGAUAUUUACAUUUACGAAGUAGCACAGUACCUCUCUACCUUGAAAGAUCUGAAGACUGUAUCUCAGUUUGGAAUUCGCAUGGACAUGCUGAGUACAGUUCAAAACGUUGGAAUGGAAGACAGAAUACAGUCUAAUAAGUCACAAAUGGAUCCUGAAAUUGAUGAUUAUUUCAAGUACCUUGUUUCUGAACGAAAGAAGGAAAAUCGGCAAGCGCUAUUGUCAUUUCUUCGCUCACAACAAGAUUCUUAUGAGAAGUAUACGAAAGAUCUUGAACGGGAAGCUUCUUGCUUGAGUCGAAAUUCCUUGCAUACAGCUAAAAUUCACUAUGAGGGUGAAAUGAAAGCUUUUUCGCCUUCAUCUAAAGGAAAACAACCGAAGGGUGUGAAGCCUGAAACAAAGCAUCCUCUUCACUUUCGCAAAAAGAAACCCAAGAAGCAAGUUGCUUUCACAGACAGAUUUGAAGUCAUCUCUGCCGAUGGUAAGCAACCUAGCAAAGUGGAUGGUCAAGAUCACAAGCAAGUAAAUACACUUGCACAUCAAAAUGAGAAAAUGUCACCAGAAAAAGAUAACGAUAACUUCAGAGCUGAUAACGUGGAACAAGUUGGUUUUAAUACGAAUGAAGAGCUUGCAUUUGACAUAAGUUUCAGCGAUUUGAACGAAAAUGAAAUACUUGACUCUCUUCCUUCUGGUGGCACAAGUGAAGUAGAUGUUUUGACCUCAAAUAGUUAUUCAAAAGACACGGAUUUCUCGAUGGACUUGGAUUCUUCUUUUUCUGAGAGCUUACCAAUGACAAUACAGUCAUCCAGCUAUACGGAACAUACUCCUUCGUCAAGCCUCAGCUCUGAUUCUUCCUUUGAAGCACCAACGGCAUCUUUUAUCGAUCGUAAAGAAAGAUGGCUGCGUAUGUUACAAAAGGCGGACGAACAUAGCCGCAGUGUACAUGCUAGAAGUAUGGGUUAUAAUCUAAAUGAUGAACCAAACCUUAUAACGUCGUAUAAACACUCUUUCUUAUCGCAUGGCUGGAAGAGUUUGAAUUAACAAGGACUCUUAAAAAUGCCUGAAGUUUCUUACUUCACUCUUUGCCCCUUUUGUUACUGUCAAUUUUUGGAUGAAUACGUACCUGUCACGAAACGCUUUAAUGCAAUAGUCAUGAUUUUAAUUAAUAAAUUAUAUAAUAAAUAAGAAUUCAAAACUAUUGAGUAGUUUCACUGAACAUUUGAAGCUUACAUGGUUCGAAACUUACAUCUACAUAUCAAUUCUUUUUCCAACAAACUAAAGUCGAAACGUGUCGAGG